UGAUGUCAAAUGCCUGGUUGCCCUCUUCAGUAUAAAAGUUUGAUACAACUUUGCCCAGAUGCACCUGCCUGUGAGGAGUCCUGCUCGUCACGAUGAACGUUCUCCUGGGCGGCCUUGUGAUCUUCGCAACCUUUGUGACUUUAUGCAAUGCAUCAUGCUAUUUAAUACCCAAUAAGAUGGUUCCAGGAGACUCAAACAAGGAAUGCACGGAUCUCAAAGGAAACAAACACCCAUUAAACUCAAGGUGGCAGACUGAGAACUGUGAUGAAUGUGAUUGCCUCGAAAAAGAAAUAUCAUGUUGCUCUCUUGUUGCUAUACCUGUGGGUUACGACAAAGACAACUGCCAGAAAAUCUUCAAGCAAGAGGACUGCAAGUAUAUUGUGGUGGAGAAGAAAGACCCAAAUAAGACCUGUGAUGUCAGUCAAUGGAUAUAGUAAUGUGCUUCUAGUAGGCACAGGGCUCCCAGGUCAGGCCUCAUUCUUCUCUGGCCUCUAAUAGUCUAUGAUGGUGUAGCCCUGCCUAUCAGUAAAAGAUUUUUGAGCAAGCACUUGAA